CAUUCUGCGAGGACUUGGAAAUGCAGAUGGGAAGAGUCUUGCAGCUCAGAAUAUCUUGUGGUAAGGUCCUGUGUUGCAGCGCUGAGUGGAGUUGGCCAGCUGCCCAAUCUGAAGCAGUGCUGUGUAGACUGACUUGGAGAAAAAGGCACGAUGUCAUAAGUAACUGGUUGUUAGGCAUCCCACCUUUGUUUACUUAGCUCACAGCAGGCAAACAACGUCUCACUUUUUUGUCUUCUCCGAUCCUUUUGAUCCUAACACCCUAAAGAGGGAGAGAUCCAUGAAUGCCCUCUGUCACUAGAGCGACAGUCUCUGUGGCACUCACAGAUUUCCUACGUGCUUGAUUACCCCUCAUUCACCAUUCUAUUCCUCUUCACCGUUGUUCCAACAUGGAAAGGAAAGCGGUGGCACACAACCUGAGCUUGCUGCUCCAGAAGUUCACAGAUCCAGAUCCAGACCUUCGAUACAUGUCCUUGAACGACCUUCAUGGAAUCCUCGAGAACCAAAAUUCAUCUUUCCUUCCUCAAGACCCGCGUCUGCUUGGCAGAAUCGCGGAGGGGCUUCUCAAAGCACUGGAAGACCAGCACGGGGAGGUGCAGAACCAAGCCCUGAAAUGCUUCUCUCCCCUCGCUCGUCGCGUUUCGGAUCAAGUCCUUAGUUACCUGCUGCAGCAUCUGUGCCGUUUGACGGAGUCGGUAUCAAUUGAUACGUCGGUUCCAAACACAGCUCUCAGAAGCAUCUUAACUGCCCUACCUCGUCCAACAGUCGGCGCGGCGGUCUCUUCUGAGGUUCAAAUAUGCUACGCUGUGAUAUCCACAAUCCUCAUUCCCCGUUUGGUGGGUUCCAAAGGUGUGGAGUCCAUGAUAGUAAAUCGCACCGGAAAAGGCUAUAACAGCGAUGCGAUCGACGUUCUGGUCGAGAUGGUGAAUUCAUAUGGCCCAUUGCUGGCGGAAUCGCAGUUGGGAGAGCUGCAAGAGACCGUGCUUCGAAUAAUAGAAGACGAAAGCGCGGGAACAGUGGCCACAAAGAGAGCGUUCUCUGCGAUUUCAGUUCUCGCCGGUUACUUUUCUGAUGAUCAGCUCAGCCAUCUCGUUUCCAUGCUCAUUGAAGGCUUUCGCGCUCCCCAUGGUACGAUCAACAGCCGGCGCCAUCUCAUUGCGACCGUUGCUACGCUCGGAAGGUCAACUCCUUCCAGGUUUGGUCCAUAUUUGAAAACGCUGGCCCCGUUUGUGCUCUCGGCCGUCAGUGAGCAAGAACUUGACGAGAUGGAAGAGGACCAGUCGGAUUCCGGGGAGCACGAUCCCAAGGAGGACGAGCUACGUGAGACAGCAUUGGUAGCGCUUGACACACUGGUUACUUUUUGCACCCAUCACAUGCAGCCUUAUCUGCUGGAUUCGAUCGCCGCUGCCCUGAGAUAUCUCAAAUAUGACCCCAACGUCGCAGAGUUUGAGGACGAGGAAAUGGGUGGAACUCAGGAUGAAGGGAGUGAUGAUGGCGCUACCGAAGAGCCGGACGAAGACAAUGAUGCCUACGAGGAUUUCGAAGAAGAAGAGGGCUACAGCGAUAUUGACGAUUUGAGUUGGAAAGUUCGACGUUGUUCCGCCAAAUUGCUGUUUAGUGUCAUUUCAACCCAGGGUCGAAGUGCAACACGACCGAUAGACGACGACACCGUAUAUCAGCAAAUAGCGCCGGCCCUUCUUGCAAGAUUUAACAAGGAAAGAGAAGAAAGUGUCAAAUUAGAAGUGGUUUCGACUUUGACCGGUCUCAUUAAGAAAGCUAGCGAAAUAUCUGCGAGCAUGGGCGCUGCUCCCAUGACAUCCGAGUCCCACGCUCGCAAUUCCCGCAAAAGGAGGCGGCAGGAUAGCGAUGCGAGUAUAUUAGACUAUGAACCUGAGACUCAUGUUUCCUCGGCUAUGGAUAGGCCUCCGAUUGCUCCUUCGACUCCGCAAACGGGACCUAUCGGUGGAGUUGUGAAGUUAACGCCAGGGAUUGUUCAGGGCCUGGUGAAAUUAUGGAGGCGGGCGUCCAUACCGUUGAAACAAGCUGCUAUCAACUUACUAAAGUCCUUAGCUCUCGUACGUUAUGGCGGCCUUGCUGAUUUCCUUCAGCGGAUAGAGGAUCCCAUCGCCGAUGCAUUGAAAAGCUCAGCUUUCACUGGAGGUGUUUCCGUGUCUGCCGGCACAACAUCUGUCACUGCCGGGAAUCUGCAAAUCGAUACUCUUAGUCUGAUUGCGGCGAUUGCAGAAACACAUAUGUCUAAUGCCUUACCGCCUUUCUUGAUUGCGUUGGUACCAGGUGUCAUGGCGGCCGUCAAUGAAAGAAACUACAAGGUUGCAGGCGAAGCUCUCGGUACCAUCGAAGAGAUUGUUAAAGCCAUGACACCUCCCCGCGUCUCACCGGAUAAUCAAGAUCUUGGCUUGCAGCUAGAGAAACUGUAUGAUGUGGCUACUGAGAAGAUAACAGAUAAUAGUGUUGAUCUGGAGGUUCGCCAGCGUGCAAUUCACGUUCUUGGUGUCCUCCUCGCACGGACCUCUGGUUCACAAGGAGCCAAGUUCAUUUCGCCUGCGCACAGAGCGAGGGGCCUCUCGAUCCUCUCUGAUCGCUUGAGAAAUGAGACAACAAGAGUUGCAGCUGCUCGUGCUAUCAAUGAUGUUGCUAUGCUUGCAUCCUGUGAUGUGGAUCUUAGUCCAGGAUGGUUGGCUGAAGUAGCAUCAGAACUUGCCACGCAAUUGCGGAAAGCUGACCGUGCCCUAAGAGAUGCUUCCAUUGGAGCUCUUAAAAGUCUGACUAUAAACCCGCAUUGCCGCCAACAUUAUAAUCCAAAAACAGUUAAGGAUCUCGCGAGCAGUUUCCUCCCGCUGCUCACAGCUAGUGAUCUUCACCUCCUUACUCCCGCCCUGGUCAUACUAUCGAAGAUCAUUCCUGGCCAUGCCGACCAACUGGUGGAUGAAAAUAUGAUCAAAGCCCUUUGUUCCGUUAUUCAGGGAUCCCCGACUGGAGUGGCAUUGAAAGUAUACCUGCACCUUGUCCGGAUCAUCGGAGAGCAAGGUGCCGGGGCUACAUUCAUGAAAGCCUUAUUACAAAAUGUUGGUGUCAACGGGGACCCUUCCAUUGUGGGAAGAGCAAUUGGAAGCCUGGUUGUGUACGGAGGAUCGCAGAUAGGCGUUAGGGCGCAGGAUUUCCUAAAGGAACUUCAGACACAGGAAGAUGUCCAAAGAAAAUGUCUCGCUCUUGCGGUCUUAGGAGAGAUUGGCCUUCUCUUAGGAUUGGACUCGUCCCUGACACCCGAUCUAUUUAUCUCUAACUUUCAGUCCAAAUCGGAUAAGGUCCGAUUUUCUGCAGCCGUCGCGCUUGGUAGCGUGGGUGCAAGUAAUAUCGAAACAUUUUUGCCAGUCAUUCUCGCAGAACUGGAAGAGAAGAAUUCGUCGAAAUAUCUAUUACUGCAUUCAUUGAGGGAAAUACUGCAGCACCCUGAGAGCGUUCGUGCAGAUGUCUCGCCAUUUGCCACAAGACUCUGGGAAAUUUUGCUUGCCGCCUCCGAUGACGAAGAUAACCGUGUCGUGGGCGCAGAAUGCCUCGGGCGGCUUGCUCUGAUUGAUCCCACGCGUUAUAUACCCCUUCUCCAGGAAUAUCUCACUCAUGAAAAUGCUGCCACAAGAGGCACGGUAAUAUCAGCAUUCCGCUACACGCUUGCUGACUCUACCAGCGCCUACAAUGAUGUUCUACGACCUCUCAUCAUCCCGAUUCUGGUCAGGAUGCUCAAUGACACCGAUCUGGGCAAUCAUCGACUUGCAUUGACCACCGUCAAUUCGGCUAUCCAUAAUAAACCCGACAUCAUUAUCCCCCAUCUCAGCCAGUUACUUCCAGCAGUGAUGGUUGACACGCACCUUAAACCUGAAUUGGUACGGGAAGUUCAGAUGGGCCCAUUUAAACACAAGGUAGACGAUGGAUUGGAACUCCGAAAGAGCGCCUACGAAACGCUUUAUACUUGUGUGGAAAUGGCAUUUUCCAUCCUCAACAUUGCCGAGAUAUACGAUCGUAUCUUGACCGGAAUCCGGGACGAACAGGAUAUCCGCACCCUUUGCAAUCUGAUGAUAUCAAAGUUGAUCGUCCUCGCUCCUAAGGAGACCGAAGGUCGUCUUGAUUCGCUAUGCGAUCCGUUCCAAGUAAUCUUGUCCACCAAACUCAAGGAGUCAGCUGUGAAGCAGGAAUUAGAAAAGGCCCAGGAAGCCUCGUUGGGUGUGUUACGGAUUACGCGUGAGCUUCAGAAAGCAUUUCCUGGGGCGGAGACGUCAAGCGAACAUCAUGCGUGGAAGCAAUAUCUGGAAUGGGUCAAUAAGGAGUGUCCUCAGCUACUGAGACUACUUGUUAAUAGCUCCUAGAUAUACAUGUCUUGGGUAUUCAGGAUAUAUCGGGGAAAAGGAUAUUUCCUAAAAUCAAAAUGGUUGGCAGUUCUGUUGAAUACAAAUGAGCUAUGAACCUAUUC